AUGGAGAUUGUGGUAAUCACCAUCCGAAUAAGUGUUGGAGGAGGUUUGAAGCUUGUCUCUGAUACGAGUCUAUGGAACACUGCGUUAAGGACUAUCCUCUUCAGGAAGGUCAAGUUCGGUAUUGAGGUUUUGCCUGGGACAGCUCUGGUGUCUAUUGCUCCUUACCGUAUGGCAUUGAAGAAGUUAAAAAUGUUGAAAGUACAACUUCAAGAACUUCUUGAUAGAGGGUACCAUCAGUUAAAGGUUAAAGAAGCUGAUGUGUAUAAUAUUGCUUUUAGAACUCAUUAUGGGCAUUAUAAGUUCCUUGUCAUGCCAUUUGGUUUGACGAAUGCUUCAGUUGCUAUUUACAUCGAUCAUAAGAGCCUCAAGUACCUCCUUACUCAAAAGAAGUUGAAUCUUAGGCAACAUAGAUGUAUUGAGUUGUUUAAAGACUAUGACUGCAUCAUUGGGUAUUAUCCUAGUAAGGCCAAUGUUGUGGCCAAUGCUCUUAGCCGUAGAUCAAUUUCUAAUUUGAAGAUUCGGGGUAAGCAGUUAGAGGAUGAUUCCUUGGUUCAUCGGUUUCAACAAGUUAAGAAGAUUAAAUUGGGUGAGAGGUGGAUUAUGGGUACUGAUUUUGUUUCUGAGAUUGAGGACAAGGUUAGAUUGAUACAAGAUCAUCUUAAGGAAGCUUCUAACAGACAAAAGUCUUAUAUGGAUCUAAAGAAGAGAGAUAUUAAGUUUGUUGUGGGAGAUCAAGUUUUUCUUAAGGUAUCUUCAUGGAAGAAGGUCCUUCGGUUUGGAUGUAAGGGCAAGUUGAGCCCUAGGUUUAUUGGGUCUUAUCAGGUUUUGAAACGUGUUAGGCCAGUCGCCUAUCAGUUAGAGUUACCUUCGGAGUUAGAUCAUAUUUUUUAUGUGUUCCACGUCUUUAUGUUAAGGCGAUAUCGAUCUGACCCAUAUCAUAUUGCAUCUGUUGAGGAGAUUGAGAUGAGACUAGAUUUGACUUUCAAGGAGGAAUCGGUUCAAAUUCUAGAUAAAGAGGUUAAGGUCUUAAGGAAAAAUACUAUUUCGCUAGUUAAGGUUCUUGUGGUGGAAUCAUGGUAUCAAGGAAGCCAUGUGAGAGCCUAA